AUGAGUGUCGCCCUCCCUUACCGCGACAUCAAUGUCCACUCUUCGCCCUCGCACUACGCCUUCUCCUCGCCAUCGUCGCCCUCAGCCCCUACCCUCGUCGUCGACCGCCCGUCAGGUGACAUCCGCCUUCAUGAUGGCAAGCUGCUGGGCUCCAAGAGGGUCUCGAGCAUUGCUGGCAUCCUCGGCAUGAUCAAGCUGCGACUGGACAAGUACAUCAUUGUCAUCACAAAGGCCCAGCCCAUGGGUAGGAUCAAAGGCCACAUGAUUUACAGAGUCGUCGCUACCGAGUUCCUCUCCCUACGCGAAAAGCCGCUGCACGAUGCCGACGAAGAUAAUUACCUCAGUCUCCUCAAGACGCUCAUCAAGACCAGCCCGCUCUUCUUCUCCUACUCGUUCGACAUAACAAAUACGUUCCAGCGCCAGGCCCACCUCGACCCCUCGACCCCCCUGUGGAAGCGCGCAGACGACCGCUUCUACUGGAACCGCUUCGUGUCCAGCGACCUCAUCGACUUCCGCGGUGGUCUCAGUGGCGGAUAUGGCAGGCACUCGAGUGGCCACCAGCCGGGCGCAGACCCCUACAUCCUGCCCGUCAUGUACGGCAUGUUGGAGAUUAAAAACACGUCUAUCAAGGGCACGCCGCUCACCUUUAUCCUCAUCACGCGCCGCUCGCGCCUCAAGGCAGGCACCCGCUACUUCUCCCGCGGCAUCGACGAGAACGGCAACGUGUCCAACUUCAACGAAACCGAACAGACCAUCAUCCUCAACGACAACGCAUCAGGCGGCCCCGGCGGCUUCGGCUCCAACCAGAACCCGUCCAGCACGGCGGGCAAGGAGACUCAAGUCCUCGCUUACGUCCAGACCAGAGGCAGCGUACCCGUCUACUGGGCCGAAGUAAACACGCUCAAGUACACGCCCAAGCUGCAAAUCCGCGGCAUCGACAACGCCCUCCCCGCCGCAAAGAAGCACUUUGCCGAACAAAUCCGCCUCUACGGCGAUAACUGGAUGGUCAACCUCGUCAACCAAAAGGGCCGCGAGCAGCGCGUCAAAGAAGCCUACGAGCAAAUGGUCAACCUGCUGCACACGUCGCCUUCGGAAAACGUCCAAGGCGACCGCAUCACGUCGGAGAAGUUCCACAUUAUCGAUCCGGCAAAGGCGCAAACCGUCUACGAUCGAUUACAUUACAUUUACUUUGACUUCCACAACGAAACAAAGGGUCUCCGCUGGGACCGCGCUAAGCUCCUGCUCAACCAGCUCGAACCGCACAUUCUGCGCCACGGAUAUUUCUGUGGCGUCGAUAUGCCGGGCGAUGGGUCGGGUGUGGAAGUCCGCCGCCACCAGACGGCUGUCGUGCGCACGAAUUGCAUGGAUUGUCUCGACCGCACGAAUGUCGUGCAGAGCAUGCUGGGGCGCUUCGUCCUGUCACGCAUGUUGAUUGACCUCGGUCUCCUGCGCGAAGGCGAGUCGGCCGAGGAGGAUAAAGACUUUGAGUUUCUGUUCCGCAACGUCUGGGCCGAUAAUGCGGAUGUUGUGUCCAAGUCGUAUUCGGGCACAGGCGCACUCAAGACUGAUUUCACUCGACUGGGCGUGAGGACCAAGGCGGGUGCGUUGCAGGAUUUGAAUAAUAGUAUUACGAGAUAUUGUCUCAAUAACUUUGCUGAUGGGCCGAGACAAGAUGGGUUUGAUCUCUUCUUGGGUAAUUAUCUGCCGAGCGAUGGGGUUGGGGGUGGACAACUUCUCUUUGCGGAUAGACGGCCACUGUUCAUUCAGUCGAUACCGUAUAUCUUCGCUGCGGCCGUCUUCUUCAUACUCGUCGGCAGUCUGACGCGGAGAGCGCCUGAUGCUGCUGUCUGGCCUUUGCGUCUUCUCCUCCUUUUGUCUCUUCUGACGGCUGCGGCUUGUCUGAACUUUAUGUGGGGACAUGGUACAUUAUACGUCAACUGGCCUAAACUAAACCGACAACCCCCGCAAAUUGAAGCUUUCCAGGAGACGCUACAGAAGGUCCGGAACCAUCCUGUUGUGGGACCGUUGGUUGGGGGUUCGGCGAAACACGAGAGGGGCAAGAGUGAUGCGAGGUUGUUGGGACUGGAGGAGGGGAAGAAGAGGAUUGAGUAG